CCGUGCCGGUCGUGGAAGGGAUGCGGAUUUCAAGGAUGCCGGCUCAGACAUCACACUCUUCUUCAUUCACCAGCUGAACCUGUCACAUCAAGCCAUUCAGUAAAUGUUUCAGCGAACAAACUCUCAGGGUACGAUGGCCAACCGUUAUUCAGAAUUCUACCUGUCGUACUCAACGCGAACGGUAAAAGUGUAAUGGUUUUCGCAUUCAUAGAUGAAGGAUCGCAGAUAACGAUGCUAGAAGAGAGGAUUGCCAAGGAACUUGGCAUUUCUGGCCCCAGGAAACCGCUCACCCUACAGUGGACGGGUAAUGUGAGACGUAACGAGCUACGAUCAGAAGAAGUCAGUCUUGAAAUAUCAGGGAAACACAGUGAAACCCGCUACGACCUUCAGAAUGCGCGUACAGUUAGUAGUCUGCUUCUGCCAGUGCAGAAGAUGGACUACAAGAGGAUGACUUCUUGUUUCCCAUAUCUCAAAGGACUCCCGAUAGAUGACUAUGAUUUAGUACAACCGAAGUUACUCAUCGGCCUGGACAAUCUCCGUCUCGGAGUUCCGCUAAAGAUACGCGAGGGAGGAUCAUCCGAUCCUAUUGCCGCCAAAUGUCGCCUUGGAUGGAGUAUAUACGGUCGUGUUUCCUCUAACCCGGUACCACGAGCAAUCGUCAACUUCCAUACUCCUGUACCAUGUAACUCGGACGAGCUUCUAAACGAACAACUGCGUGAUUUCUUCGCGUUGGACUGCAGCGGAAUAUCUAAACCAAACGAGAAGCUUGAGUCGGACGAAGACAAAAGAGCAAGGAAAUUAAUGGAGGACACAACGAGGCGUACUACCACCGGUUUCGAAACGGGUCUUCUCUGGAAAGUCGAUGAUCGGGCAUUCCCGGAGACGUACCCAAUGGCGAUUCGUCGAAUGAAGUCACUGGAGAAGAAAUUGGGGGCUAAUCAGUUGCUCGCGCAGCGCGUUAAUGAGCAGAUCCUUGACUUUGAGAGAAAGGGAUACAUACGCAAACUAAGCGAGACGGAAUCAGCGGCUAUCGAUCCACGGAAGACUUGGUUUCUUCCCCUUGGGGUUGUAAUUAGUCCGAAGAAGCCUGGUAAAAUUCGACUCAUCUGGGAUGCAGCUGCAAAGGUGGAUGGAAUCUCGUUCAACUCGUAUUUGCUGAAAGGUCCCGACCUACUCACUCCUCUACCCCGAGUGCUAUGCGGAUUUCGUUUGUUUCCGGUAGCAGUAUCUGGAGAUAUCAGGGAGAUGUUUCUCCAAAUUCGGCUGAAACCGAGUGAUCAGAAUGCUCAGAUGUUCAUCUACCGGGAUAAUCCCGGCGAUCCAGUUCAAGUCUAUGCGAUUAACGUCACGAUGUUCGGUUCCACCUGCUCCCCGUCAUCAGCACAGUUCGUCAAGAACAUCAACGCCGAACAGUACGCCGUACACUAUCCUCGUGCGGCGGCGGCCAUUAAGGAGCAUCACUACGUGGAUGACUACCUGGACAGCUUCAGAUCUAUCGAUGAAGCUAUACAGGUAGUGAAUGACGUAAAGUUAGUUCAUUCCAAGGGUGGAUUUGAAAUUCGCAACUUUUUGUCUAACGAGACCGAAGUGCUGCGGCGAACUGGGGAGAUCGAACCAGAUUCGUCGAAAGAGCUUGCUCUCGUACGUGGCGAGGCUACCGAGUCAGUACUAGGGAUGAAAUGGAUACCUGCCGAAGACGUGUUUACGUAUACAUUUGCAAUGCGUGAAGAUUUGCGGGUUGUUCUAGAAGAAAACUACAUCCCAACGAAACGUGAAGUCCUGAAGGUAAUCAUGAGUCUUUUCGACCCUCUGGGGUUCGUCGCAUUCUUCUUAGUCCACGGAAAGGUGUUGAUGCAGGAUGUCUGGGCUUCGGGAAUCGGUUGGGACGAAAAAAUAAAUGAACAACACUUCCUCCGUUGGCGCCAAUGGACAGCCAACUUUUCGCAACUGGACACCUUGAAGAUCCCUCGGUGUUAUUUCCGUUCUCCAUUCCCUAAAAAUCUCGACCAACUCGAGAUUCAUAUUCUUGUCGAUGCUAGUGAUUCUGCGUACGCCUGCGUGGCGUACUAUCGACUGGAAACUGAUAAUGGAAUUCAAAUAUCAUUGAUUUGCGCGAAAACCAAGGUGGCUCCUCUGAAAGUACUGUCCAUACCCCGUCUGGAAUUGAAGGCAGCGAUAUUGGGUGUCCGCAUGUUGGAGUCCAUUGAAGGGUAUCACACAUAUUCCAUCAACCGCCGAGUGCUCUGGAGCGAUUCGAGCACGGUGCUAGCGUGGAUCCGGUCAGAACAUCGUCGUUACAACAAAUUUGUUGCUGUCCGCAUAGGGGAGAUCCUCACUACAACUGAUGUAAGAGAAUGGAGAUGGGUUCCAUCUAAGCUUAAUACAGCCGACCUUGCCACUAAAUGGGGAAACACUCCAGAUUUCUCCUCGGAUAGCGCAUGGCUUAGUGGGCCAUCGUUCCUUAACCAGCCGGAAGCAUUAUGGCCUCGACAAACUACAAUCAUCACGACGUGUGAGGAAUUGCGACCGAAUCAUACACAUACAACGAUUUCUCCGCUGCUUGAUGUAUCCAGGUUUAGUAGUUGGAUUCGCUUGCAACGAACAGUGGCAUUCGUUCUACGGUUUAUCGACAACUUACGCCGGAAGCGGAGUGGUUCUGUAUCGCGAGUUGGUAUCCUAUGUCAGGACGAGUUGCGGCAAGCUGAGAUGACACUCUGGAAAGUAGCGCAGGCUGAAGCUUAUUCCGAAGAAAUGUCUAUUCUGUCGGAAACACAGGGGCCUCCCGAUGGACGUCACCGACUUGUAUCAAAGUCUAGUACAAUCUACAAGUGUUGGCCAUUCAUCGACGAACAUGGAGUACUACGACAACGUGGAAGAAUCGGUGCAGCAACCUUUGCACCGACCGAAGCUAAGUACCCCGCAAUUCUCCCCAGACAGCAUCCAAUAACGUUCCUUAUUACAGACUGGUAUCAUCGCCGUUUCCGCCACGCCAACCGGGAGACCGUAACAAAUGAAAUGCGACAACGAUUCGAGAUUGCCAAGCUACGCGCCUUGAUUGAGAAGGUUACGAAAAACUGCAUGUGGUGUCGACUGAAGAAAGCUCUGCCGAGUCCGCCGGCGAUGGCUCCGCUUCCAGCAGCCCGGCUACAGCCAUUCGUCCGUCCAUUUACCUCAGUCGGAGUCGAUUACUUUGGACCAGUACUGGUGAGAGUUGGGAGGAGCUCCGUAAAGAGAUGGGUAGCCUUGUUUACCUGUCUUACGAUUCGCGCAGUGCACUUGGAGGUAGUCCAUAGCAUGUCUACCGAGUCUUGCGUCAUGGCAGUGCGACGCUUCAUAGCACGGCGAGGGUGUCCAGCCGAAUUCUUUUCGGAUAACGGAACAUGUUUCCAAGGUGCAAGUAAGGAGCUGCAAAAAGAAGUGAUGGAAACACGGAACAACGCUCUAGAAAAGACGUUUACGACUGCAAAGACUCGAUGGUGCUUUAUUCCACCAGCCGCUCCCCAUAUGGGAGGCGCAUGGGAGCGCCUCGUGCGGUCCGUAAAGGUGGCUCUAGGAUCUGUAACCGACGUUCCCCGUAAACCAGAUGACGAAGUCUUUGAAACAGUUUUGCUAGAGGCCGAGGCCUUGAUAAAUUCAAGACCUCUCACCUACAUCCCACUAGAAUCUGCGGACCAGGAGGCCAUCACACCAAACCAUUUUCUUCUGGGGUCCUCCAACGGUGAUAAGUUCCUACCAACCGAUCCCAUUGACAGUCCAACGAUCUUGAGGCAUAGCUGGAAACUUGCCCAAGCCAUAACACAAGUGUUCUGGACAAGGUGGAUUAAGGAAUAUCUACCGGUGAUCACACGUAGAACGAAAUGGUUCGGUGAAGUUCGGGACAUAGCUGUAGGUGACUUGGUGUUGGUUGUGGCUGGAACGGCGAAGGACCAGUGGAUUCGAGGUCGAGUGGAAACGGUAACUCCGGGACGCGACGGGAGAGUCCGGCAAGCCCUAGUCCAAACCGCAACAGGAUUUCUUCGACGGCCAGUAGUGAAACUGGCAUUACUCGACGUGCUGGAGAAUAGUGAACCCAAGCAGGAAGCUCUUAAGGAACCAGUACGGAACUAGGGUUCACGGGAGGGGGGAUGUCACGUCUCCCCCCUGCGACGAUUCAACUGUGGCAAUUCGAAGCUGUGGCCACCACAGUGGAUGAUCUAUCAGCGAAUGAUAGAUAGCGACUGAUAAAACGUCAACGGCAUGAUCUAGCUAAAUAAGGAUUCAUAGUUGUAAAUUCGCUGUGCCAUGAUGACUAUGCAUGUUGCUCCCGAAGUUGAAAUUUAGUGGAUUUCCAAACGCGAUAUUAUUGAUUUAGAUUAUUUCUCAUUCCAAAAAACCAAUUGGUGAAGGUGUACGAUCUUUAGUUAUUAUAAAAUAGAUAGCGAAGUGAUUGAUAGUGUAGGCGAAUCGGUAAAUUGAAAAUGUUCAUGAAGAUCGAUAACACAAUUCUCAAAUUUCUAUUUAGGCUCUAUUACAGUCCGUUCGCGACUAUUUAGGACUAUAUAUAUCCUCCGAGUCAAAUUCGAUUCGUAAAUCAAAUAGUAAGAUUUCGAUAAUUUAUCUAGUUUAAUGUAUACUUACGAUACGGAUUAUGUACCACUAGGUCCUGCAGAGAAUUAGUAGUCCUACGAGAUAUACGACAUUGCCGAAUGAUCCAAUUGCUCUAUUAACCGGAAUAAUUCAGCCUUACUAAACCACAUCACUCUACGAGUAUUCAUUGAGAGGAUACGAUCCGACCUUUCUGAGAUAGUUCGCCAAAAAAUGUAGGUUUAUGUGAAACAAAUAUCGGAUAUCGUGAACUAAUAAACUUCUGUUUAGCUUUAGCUUACCACACUGAAAACCACGGUUUGCUCAAAGGAAUUUGGUCUGAAACCCCCCUCAC